CGGCCGGUCCGGUCCGGUCCGGUCCGGUCCGGUCCCGUCGGGCGGCCAUGGCCCCCGGGGCUUCGCCUCUCGCCCCUCUCUUGGUGCUGCUGAGCCUGGGGGGGCCCCAGCAGCCUCGGGGGGCCCCCGGGGACGGCGCCUGGACGUGGGGGCGUUUCUCGCGGCCUCGGGGCCUGGAGGAGCAGCGUGGAGCGCAGGGUACCUUCCCCGACGGCUUCCUCUGGGCGGUGGGCAGUGCCGCCUACCAGACGGAGGGCGGCUGGAGGCGGCACGGCAAGACCCCCUCGGUGUGGGACGCCUUCACCCACCGGGCCCAGGGCACCCCCACGGGGGACGUGUCCGGGGACGGCUACCACCACGUGGGGCGGGACGCCGAGGCCCUGCGGGCCCUGGGGGUCAGCCACUACCGCUUCUCCAUCUCCUGGGCCCGCGUCCUGCCCCGGGGUUUGGGCGGGAAACCCAACCGCCGGGGCCUGCGUUAUUACCGGCGCCUGCUGCGGAGGCUGGGCGAGCUGGGCGUGGAGCCGGUGGUCACCCUCAACCACUGGGACCUGCCCGCCGACCUGCAGGACGCCUACGGAGGCUGGGCCAGCCGGGCCGUGGGGGACAGGUUCCGCGACUACGCCGAGCUCUGCUUCCGACACUUCGGGGCCCGGGUCAAGUACUGGAUCACGCUGGACAACCCCUACGUGGUGGCCUGGCACGGCUACGCCACCGGACGGCUGGCCCCCGGGGUCCGAGGAGGUCGCCGGCUCGGCUACCAGGUGGCCCACAACCUGCUGCUGGCUCAUGCCAAAGUCUGGCACCUCUACAAUACUUCAUUUCGUCCUACUCAAGGAGGCCAAGUGUCCAUUGCACUUGGCUCCCAUUGGAUAAAUCCUCAAAACAUGACCGAGAGUGACAUCAGAGAGUGUCAAAAGUCCCUUGACUUUGUGCUGGGCUGGUUUGCUAAGCCCAUAUUUCUAGAUGGCGACUACCCCCAAAGCAUGAAGGAUAACCUCUCAUCUCUUCUGCCUGAUUUCACUGAAUCCGAGAAAAGGUUCAUCAAGGGCACGGCUGACUUUUUUGCUCUUUCCUUUGGACCAACUCUGAGUUUUCACCUCUUGGACUCUCAAAUGAAGUUCCAGCAGUUGGAAUCCCCAAGCCUGAGGCAGCUCCUUACCUGGAUAGACCUUGAAUAUAACCACCCCCAGAUAUUCAUUGUGGAGAAUGGCUGGUUCGUCUCUGGCAGUUCCCAGAGAGAUGAUGCCAAGUAUUUGUAUUAUCUCAAAAAUUUCAUUAUGGAAACCUUAAAAGCCAUCAGAUAUGACGCGGUCAAUGUCAUUGGGUACACUGCGUGGUCCCUCGUGGAUGGCUUCGAAUGGCACAGAGGAUACAGCAUUAGGCGUGGACUGUUCUACGUCGAUUUCCUGAGCCGCGAGAAGAAGUUGCUGCCCAAGUCUUCAGCCUUGUUCUACCAGAAGUUGAUCGAGAAAAAUGGCUUCCCCCCCUUACCUGAAAAUCAGCCCAUCGAGGGGACGUUUCCCUGCGGCUUUGCCUGGGGGACUGUUGACAACUACAUUCAAGUGGACACGACUCUUUCCCAGUUUACUGACCCAAACGUAUACCUGUGGGAUGUCCGCGAGAGCCAGAAACUUAUUAAAGUGGCCGGGGUUGUUACCCCGAAGCGGGAGCCGCACUGUGUGGACUUUGCUACCAUCCGACUCCAGAUCUCCUUACUUCAGGAAAUGCACAUAACUCAUUUUCUCUUCUCGUUGAAGUGGGACCUGAUUCUCCCCUUGGGCAACCAGUCUCAAGUCAACCAUACGAUGUUGCACUAUUACCGGUGUUUUGUUAGCGAACUGGCUCGGGUCAACAUCACGCCGGUGGUUGCUCUGUGGCAGUACACCCCGGAUCACCAAGGACUCCCCCUCCCCUUAGCCAAGCAGGGGGCCUGGGAGAACCCCCAGACCAUCCAGGCCUUCGUGGACUACGCCCGGCUCUGUUUUAGAGACCUCGGCCCCUACGUCAAAUUGUGGCUCACGAUGAAGGAACCUUUCCUGCAGAAUCUGACCUACCCCGCCGGGCAUAACCUGUUGAAAGCCCACGCGUUGGCCUGGCACGCGUACGACAGAUCAUUUAGAAGUUCCCAGAAGGGCCAGAUCUCCAUAGCCCUGGAAGCCAACUGGGUGGAGCCGGCUUGCCCUUUCUCCCAGAAAGACAGAGAGGUGACAGACCGCGUCCUGGAAUUUGGCAUCGGUUGGCUCGCCGAACCCAUCUUCGGCAGCGGUGACUACCCCCAGGCGAUGAGGAGGUGGCUGCACCGGCAAAACGACUUUCUCUUGCCUUACUUCACGGAAGAUGAGAAGAAGCUGAUCCGGGGAUCUUACGACUUCUUCGCCUUGAGCCACUACACGACCGUCCUGAUGAACUGGGAAAAAGAGAAUCCGGCCAAGUACGAUGCUUACCUAGAAGUGCAGCCCAUGAAAGACAUCACCUGGAUAAACUCCCCCAAAAUGGUGGCCGUGGUGCCCUGGGGGCUGCGCAAGGUCCUUAACUGGAUUAAAGGCAAAUACGGCGACAUCCCCAUCUACAUCACUUCCAAUGGCAUUGAUGAUGAUCCUCAUCUGAUGCAGGAUAAGCUGAGGGGGUAUUAUAUGCAGAAUUACAUCAAUGAAGCCUUAAAAGCCUACAUAUUGGAUGAUAUCAACCUCUGUGGCUACUUUUUUUAUUCGUUUAAUGACCGAACCUCUCCCUCGUACGGACUCUACCGUUACGCCGCUAAUCAAUAUGAGGCGAAGCCAUCCAUGAGACACUAUCGUAAAAUUAUUGACAGCAACGGCUUUCCAGGCCCCGGGACUCUGGGAAGGUUCUGCCCGGAAGAGCCAGAUCUGUGCACCGAAUGCAGCUUCUUCCAGACCCGAAAGUCCCUGCUGGCCUUCACCUCAUUCCUCCUUUUUGCUUGUAUCGUUACCAUUUCUCUGAUCAUUUACUACUCCAGGGCCACACCGACACCCCAGAAACUGAACCCCCCGGGGGGUGGAGGGAAAGACAAACGCCUGAGCGGGAUACUGCCCUGAUCUGUUUCUGCCUCUCCCAGGGCUUUUCAUGCUUCUCCUCUUGAUGUUCCCAGCUCCGAUUGUCAUUCGUUGUGGUCAGGCUGAAUUGUUUUCCUCCCCCGCCAACUCCCUUUGGUCGAGUUAUUUGCAAGUAGGCAAGAUGCCAAGCUCAUUAUUUGCAACAACAGGCAAAUUAUCAAGCAUCCUUUAGCCUGCCGUCAUCGGGGGUCGGUCUUCUUGGUAGAGGGCAGUGGCCCCCUGGGCUAAUAGUCCCCUCUUCUCUCCCCCUCACCCCCUGAAUUUUCAAAGCUGGUACCCAGAACUCUGGUCUGUGAACCAGAAGGCCACGGAGUGACAAGGUGCCCCCCAAUGGCUCUGGGAGCACUGAUCAGAAAGGGCCUGGGGUUAUUCUCAGACAAGCUCCAAUUGCCAUUAGAGCCUUUUGGAGCCUGCCAAGGCGUCCUCAUCCUAAGUAGGCUCGGCCAGAGCCAACCUAGGGUAACCGCACCCCAUCCGCCGUCAGUGACGAUAUUUAUCGAGCAGCUACUGGGUUCAAUGCCCUGUACUAAGCGUUUGGGGAAAGCAGAACGGAGCACAGGAUACGUUCUCGGCUCGCAGGGAGCUGCUGCGCUGAUGGAGCUUAAAUUAAUCUGCCUCGAGACAGGCCAGUCACUUAGUCCUACUGAAAUCCAGCUCAUAGUGUGGGCCUCCCCCAAGAUUGCCUCCUGUGGGGAAGGAGGCCUCUUAGUGGAGGUCGUGGGUUGGUUUGUGACGCAAGCGUAUUCAGCAUUCACUGGAUUCACUGGAAAAUUCAGGGGUGCGAAGUGUGCUCUUGUGGCGUAGACAACAUUGGAGAGGGGAAAGAAGGCAGAACUGGUUCUGAAGUCUGGAAGGCUGGAUCCUUCCCUCAUUCCUCUGAGGGUUUGGGAAUGCUAGCCACUAGCGUGGGAGCGGGCAAAGCCUCUUGCGCUACUUCAAGUUGAUCACUGUCUACACCCCCAGUUACUGGAAAGCUCUUUUUGUGCUGUUACGUAUUUUAUUGCGACACAGAUGGUUUUGUUCAUAUUUUUAAAUCUUUGAUGUUUUCAGAAGAGUGGAAUUCAUGCCAGUUUUAAGAGGAAUUUUUACCGCUACUGUAUUUUGCCUCAGAUUUUUUUUAGUUUGUCUUUUAAAGCCUCAUCAGUGAACAAGCCUGAUAUUAGAUCAUUAAAAGAUGCUCUUGCUUUGGCCAUA